UUUUCUCUGAAACUAAUUUUUAUAUAGAUAACUCCCACAGUGAAUAUUUAUUUUAUUUAUUUUAAUUUUUUAAAAUUUUCCACCCUCAUAUAACCUCGAUUUUCUAAACCAUUUCAAUUAAUCCUUACCAUUUUUACGCUCGCUCAGAAGAGAAUAACCAAAAAUCUAAUAUCUCGCUCUCUCCUCUCUCUCUCUCUCUCUCUCUCUGGGCUCCGAGAAAUUCGCAAUCUUAUUUGAUCCACAAACCUUUGCUGUAAUGCAAUGGGAAGAAAUAGAUCAUAGGAGAAGCCCUAAUUUUCUGUUUGUUUCUUGCGAUUUUCGUAAAUGCUAUUGUAUGAAGCCACCUUGGCUCGCUCCAUCUGUUUCUGAUGAUAUAAACGUGCAUGACAGUUCUCCACGCUUAUCUUGAAUUAUGGAUAUUACUGAGGUUGAAGAAAAUUUGUUUGCGGCUAGUGAUGCAAAGUUACAUGGAGAAAUGUGCAAGACGCUGUCUAGAAUUUAUUGUAAAAUAAUGUCAAUUUUCCCUUCCUUGGAAGCUGCUCGUCCUAGGAGUAAAUCUGGCAUUCAGGCUUUGUGUUCAUUGCAUGUGGCACUUGAGAAAUCCAAGAAUGUUCUCCAACAUUGCUCUCAAUGUAGUAAACUUUACUUGGCUAUAACAGGAGAUUCUGUACUUUCCAAAUUUGAGAAGACAAGAUGUGCUCUAGAAGAUAGUCUUAGACGUGUUGAAGAUAUUGUUCCACAAUCUAUUGGUUGUCAGAUUCAAGAGAUCGUUAGUGAACUUGAGGGUACUCUAUUCUCCCUUGAUCCAUUAGAGAAACAAGUUGGUGAUGAAAUAAUUGUGUUGCUCCAGCAGGGGAGAAAAUUUGACAACUGCAAUGACAGCAAUGAGCUGGAAUCUUUUCACAAGGCUGCUAGUAAACUUGGAAUUACCUCGUCCAGGGCAGCUCUUACAGAGAGAAGAGCUCUGAAGAAACUCAUAGAAAGAGCCCGUGCUGAGGAAGAUAAGCGGAAGGAGUCUAUUGUAGCUUAUCUUUUACAUCUUAUGCGAAAAUACUCCAAGUUGUUUAGAAGUGAAUUCUCAGAUGACAAUGAUUCACAGGGUUCUGCACCUUGCUCUCCCACAGUUCAGGGUUCUAUCGAGUAUGUUGGGCCUCCUGGCAAUUGUCAUGCCUUUGAGCGCCAGCUAUCAAAACUCGGCUCUUUUAAUUUCAAGCCAAACAAUAGAAGAUCGGGACAGAUGUCUCUUCCACCUGAAGAAUUGAGGUGUCCAAUAUCAUUGCAGCUUAUGUAUGACCCUGUGAUCAUUGCGUCUGGUCAAACUUAUGAAAGGAUUUGCAUUGAAAAAUGGUUCAGUGAUGGGCAUGGUACCUGCCCAAAGACUCAACAAAAGUUGUCUCAUCUUUCUUUGACACCAAAUUACUGCGUCAAAGGCCUUGUUUAUAGUUGGUGUGAACAGAAUGGAGUUCCUGUUCCCGAUGGUCCACCAGAGUCUCUUGAUCUCAACUAUUGGAGGCUGGCAUUGUCGGAGUCUGAGUCCACAAAUUCAAAAUCUAUGAACAGUGUCAACUCUUGCAAGUUAAAGGGGGUUAAGGUGGUUCCUUUAGAGGAAAGUGGUACUAUAGAGGAGGCUGAAGGGAAUGAAGCAGAAAAUGUUUCUUCCUUGGAGGAAGAUUCUGAGUUUAAUGCCCUUGAUAGUUAUCAGGAAUAUUGGUCCAUCUUGAAUAAAGGGGGAGACUUUAGGAAAAAGUGCAAAGUGGUUGAGCAAAUAAGGUUCUUACUGAAGGAUGAUGAGGAGGCCCGGAUGUGUAUGGGGGCCAAUGGAUUUGUUGAAGCACUUCUCCGGUUUCUUGACUCAGCUAUGCGUGAAGGAAAUGUAGUGGCUCAGGAAAAUGGAGCCAUGGCUCUCUUCAACCUUGCGGUCAACAAUAACAGAAACAAGGAAAUGAUGUUAGCAGCAGGAAUAAUUACAUUACUGGAAGAAAUGAUCUCCUCCACCAAUUGUCAUGAAUUUGCCACUGCCAUCUAUCUGAAUCUUUCCUGUCUUGAUGAAGCCAAGCCUAUUAUUGGCUCAUCUCAGGCUGUGCCUUUCUUGACAAACCUCCUUCAAGCUGAUGCUGAAACCCAAUGCAAGAUUGAUGCUCUCCAUGCACUAUACAAUCUUUCCAGUUUCCCCUGCAAUAUUCCCAAUCUCCUUUCAGCUGGCGUCAUUAGUGGUCUUCAGUCCCUUGCUGCCUCUGGUGAGCACACUUGGACAGAAAAAUGUGUUGCAGUACUGAUAAAUUUGGCUUCGAGUCAAUUGGGAAGAGAUGAAAUGAUGUCAACCCCUGGCCUUAUUGGUGUACUGGCAACUGUAUUGGAUGGGGGUGAACCCAUUGAGCAGGAGCAAGCUGUCUCGUGUCUCUUGCUUCUUUGCAACGGGAACGAUAAAUGCUGUCAGAUGGUCUUACAAGAAGGUGUAAUACCUGGACUGGUUUCUGUUUCAGUAAAUGGGACCUCAAGAGGCAGAGAUAAGGCUCAGAGACUUCUCAUGUUGUUCCGGGAACAGCGACAACGAGACCAACAACCACCUGCUGAGGUACAAAUGCAAGCAGAAAGUAGUGAGAUGUCUAUGCCUAGUACAGAGUCAAAGCCACUGUGUAAAUCUGUCUCAAGAAGAAAGAUGGGUAAAGCUUUCAGCUUCUUAUGGAAGAGCAAGAGCUAUUCUGUUUACCAGUGUUAAAAUUCAUGGUUCUGUAAAUUUUAGUUGUAUCAUCUUUUUUCGCUUUUUGUCCUGUUUUUACAGGCAUUACUAUUUUUUUUCUUUUUCCUUUUCAAAGAGAAGAAUGUACAGGCCCCUGUAAUUUGUGGAUUUUUGUUUCUUUC